GUGAUAUAAAACCGCAUUAGGAGUUGAACGUUUGCAGAAUGAAUGUCUUACAACGGGGAUUUCUGCAGAAUUGUAGAUUUAGCACAGUGAAAAAUUUAUAUAAAAUACCUGCAGCUUACACGUGCUACGGAACGGAAUUACAGCAUAAAAAAUUAAUGAAUACUCAUAGAAUGAAUACUACAUUCAAAAGUCGAUGGGAAACUAUAUAUCAAUUACCCAUUAUUAGGGCAGCUUCGGUAGUAAGUCAGAUUAAAACUUAUCAGGGUAUUGCUACAGCAAUUUCAGUGCCAAUUAGCUACGCGUUUGAGCAAGCUGUGCUCUUUCCAACUAAUACCUGCUUAGUAGUCACAAUCAUAGGAGCAUCUGGUCUCAUCACAUUGACGCUAUUUAGCUUGGUAAUACGCAAUUUAAUUGGUUUUAUUUAUAUCAACAGCGAGGAACAGAAGAUAAAAUUUGCUUAUCUUGAUUUUUGGGGAAAACGGAAGGAAAGAAUUGCGGAUGUUUCAGCCAUAGAAGUUAAUAACGAAGAGAAAAGGUCAUUUAUUAAUAAUUUUUAUCAAAUUAUAAAGUUUCGCAAUAAGAAAAAUAUAAGUUUAAAGCUUUCAAAUAAAUUUGGUGUGAUCUUGGAUCCAGACAGGUACGCGGAACAUUUCGGUGAAUAGAUAUAUCACUAAAUAUGAAAAGUUUAUUGAAAGUAAACUACGGUUUUGCUAAUUUUAAUUCUUUUAUUGAAAUAAAAUUCAUCAUAAAUUAAUUAAUUGAAAAUACAUUACACAACCAGGUCUAAGUGGAUUCCAUGGAUCAUCAUAAAAGUUGCGAGCAUGCAGAUCACAUUAGACGAGUAAUUUUUAAUUUUAAAGUUGUAAUUUUUUUAUUUAGUGUUAAAGCUAACAU